AUGGACGAGAAGACGGAGAUGGCUCCGGCCUACGACCAUCACCCUCACAAGGCCGUCGAUGUCAAGAAUGCCGCGUACGGAGAGGCUGCUGACCUGUACGGCGAUGCUGAAGCUGCCGAACGAUACGGUUAUGUCUCCAGAGGAUUGAAAUCUCGACACAUCCAGUUCAUCGCUCUCGGUGGAACUAUCGGCACUGGUCUCUUCCUGGGUAUCGGACGAGCUCUCACCCAGGGUGGUCCGCUCUCUCUGCUCAUCGGCUACACCUUCGUUGGUCUCGCCAUCUUCGCAAUGAUGAUGUCCCUUGGUGAAAUGGCUACCUGGCUUCCGCUCCCCGGUGCGAUCCCGCAAUUCUGCGCCAGAUACGUCGACGACUCUGUCGGUUUCGCCGUCGGUUGGAACCUCUGGUAUCAAUGUUCGAUCACUCUCUGUGUCGAGAUCUCUGCCGCCGCCGUCAUCAUCCAGUACUGGCCCGGUGCGCGGGACAUCAACGUCGCAGCAUGGAUCGGUCUCGUCAUCGUCAUCAUCGUCUUCCUCAACGUCUGGGCCGUCUCCGUCUACGGUGAGGCCGAAUUCAUCUUCGCCAGUAUCAAGAUCAUCACCAUCGUCGGCCUGCUUAUCCUGGCCCUGGUCAUCGACCUCGGUGGCAGCCCUACCCAUGACCGCAUCGGAUUCAGAUACUGGAAGAACCCCGGUGCGAUGAACCAGUACUUUGGCACCGGCGACAAAGGCCGCUUCCUCGGUUUCUUCUCCACCCUCGUCAACGCUGCCUUCUCCUUCGGUGGUGUCGAGUCUGUCGCCUGUGCUGCCGGUGAGGCUGAGAACCCGCGCAAGAACAUCCCAAAGGCCGUCAAGCGUGUCUUCUGGCGUAUCCUCUUCUUCUAUGUCCUCGGUGCUCUCUUCCUCGGCAUGCUUGUUCCAUUCAACGACAAGAACCUGCUCACGGCCCAGAAGAACAAUGACCCCGGUGCGGCUGCCUCUCCAUGGGUCAUUGCCAUCCAGCGUGCCUCUAUCCCGGUCCUUCCAUCCAUCAUCAACGCCGUCAUUCUCACCUCCGCCACCUCCUCCGGAAACGCCUUCUUGUACACCGGAAGCAGAUACCUCUACGGCCUCGCCCAGAACAGACAGGCUCCCCGUUUCCUCCUGCAUUGUACCAAGCAGGGUGUCCCAAUCUAUGCCGUCGGUGUGACUGCCUCCAUCUCUCUCCUCACCUUCAUGGCCUCCACCACCGGCUCUGCUCAGGUCUUCAUCUGGUUCCAGAACCUCACCACCAUUGCCUCCCUCUUCAACUGGGUCAGCGUUCUGGUUGCGUACAUCCGCUUCCACGCCGCCCUCCAGGCCCAGGGUGUCGACCGCAACACUCUCAUCCUUAAGUCCCCAUUCCAGCCUUACCUCGCCUGGGUCGCCCUCAUCUUCUUCUCCAUCAUCAUCUUCUUCAACGGCUUCGACACCUUCAGACCCUUUAAAUUCCAGUCCUUCUUCACCGCCUACAUCGGUAUCGCCGUCUACUUCGGUCUUCUCAUCUUCUGGAAAGUUUUCAAGAGAACCAGAUGGAUUCCAUCCGCCGAGGCUGACAUCUUCACCGGCAAGGCCGCCAUGGACGCCGUCGAGUGGCCAGAGCAGAUCCCAAGAAACGUCAUCGAGAAGAUAUGGUUCUGGAUCGCGUAG